CUGCUCCUUUUUUCUUUUCCGAGGAACACCCCCAAGCUAGUUCUGCAUUUUUGUUCUUUCUCGUCUCCACUAACCGGAAGAGGCAAAGAGAGAAAGAACCACACGUCAAAUUGUGAUUUCCAUCACUCUCUCUCUUACUAGAAAGAGGCUGUUUCCUGAUUGGCGACUGUGAUUGGACUCCGUUUCGAUUUCGGUGAUUUGACGGUGGAGCAAUGGGAGCUGAGCGCCGGAAGAUCUCCAAGUCUUCGUGGCCGAGAACUGUGGUGAGAAAAUGGCUCAAUAUACAGAGCGGAGGGGACGAGUUUUACUCCGACUCUUACACUAUAAAAGAAAAACCUGAUCGUCGGCGGAGCUGCUCGGACCAGGACCGCUACAUCGUCGUACCGGAAGAUUUCUCAGGGUGGUUGGUGAAGGAAAAUCCUAAGCCGGAAGUCACCGUCUCCGAUACACAAAAUUUCAGGAUGUUCGUGGGGACAUGGAAUGUCGGAGGGAAGACACCCCACGAGGGCUUGAACUUGAGAGAUUGGCUGAGGUCCCCCACACCUGCUGACUUCUACGUUAUUGGGUUCCAAGAAAUCGUCCCUCUUAAUGCGGGGAAUGUGCUAGGCGCAGAGGACAACGGCCCAGCUGCCAAAUGGCUUUCCUUGAUUCGUGAAGCACUGAACAACAAUGCCACCACUGCAGAAGUUUCGCCGCAGGCGGAUGAUGGGAGCUUGAAACCAAGGCUCAGCUUCUCAGACUUGCUUUCAUUAGAAGAUGAACUUGGUAAAAAGGAUUUCCAAAAAUUGGGUUUGAGCUAUAGUGAUGAGUAUUCGCCUACCAAAUAUUCCAAGUCUAGGGAGCAAGAUAGUCCAACUCAGCCGCGUUACCGCCUGGCUGCAAGCAAGCAGAUGGUCGGAAUCUUCCUAUGCGUGUGGGUUCGAGAGGACCUUUGCAAACACAUUAGCAACUUGAAGGUGUCUUGUGUCGGCAGAGGCAUUAUGGGAUAUCUUGGGAAUAAGGGCUCGAUAUCGAUCAGCAUGACAUUGUACCAGACAACAUUCUGCUUUGUUUGCACCCACUUGACGUCUGGGGAGAAAGAAGGCGACGAGAUCCGGCGAAAUUCAGAUGUUGCAGAAAUUCUAAAGAAAACAAGGUUUCUGCAUUCAUCAAGAGGCCUUGAACAGUCACUUCCUCCUGAUUCCAUCUUGGAACAUGACAAGAUUAUUUGGCUCGGGGAUUUAAAUUACCGGCUCGCAGCUGGUUGUGGAGAUAUGCAUGAGCUGCUAAAGAGGCAUGAUUGGCAGACACUUUUAGAGAAGGAUCAGCUAAAGAUGGAGCAGAGAGCUGGUCGAGUAUUUAAAGGGUGGGUUGAAGGGAAGAUAUAUUUUGCUCCAACUUACAAAUACCUAACCAAUUCUAACAAUUAUGUUGUCCAGUCCUCUAAAUCCAAAGAGAAACGACGAACUCCUGCCUGGUGUGACAGGAUUUUGUGGAAAGGGGAAGGGCUAAAGCAAAUGUGGUAUUUGAGAGGGGAGUCCAGAUUCUCAGACCACAGACCCGUAUAUUCACUAUUCUCAGUCCACGUGGACAUUGCAAACAAGAACAAAGUGGUCGCCGCGGCCAAAUCCUGCACAAAUAAACCGUCGACGACAAACACUCCCUUGGCAUCAUCGACAUGUGCUGUCAAAAUCCAAGCCGAAGAAAUUCUGCUGCUUACGCGGGCACAAAGCUGCUUAAAAACCGCCUCCUCCAGGUUUUGAGUCGGUCUGUAGUACUCUGACAGAUUUGACAGAAAAAGCUCGAGCCACCGACGAGCAUCUCACUGACACGGCCUGCGUCCACUGCAUUUUAAACUGUUGGGGCCGGCGUGAAUGGUGGGUGAUGUUUCUUUCUCUUCCUUAUCAUUAUAAAAGCACGUGGGUGUGGGGGGCAUGCUCGUGGCAGUGCAAAAUUUUGAUACGUAGGUGAAAAGUUGUAAAUAAUAUAAUAGGAGUGAGGAAGAUGAUGAUCAAAUGAGAAUCCGAGGAGUGUGUUUUAAGUCUAUUUGGUUCUUUUGCAGAAGAAUGGGGAUUGGGGGGGUCCUUUAUUCAUUCAUUUGUUUUUGUGGGGCGUGGGGAAGAGGAGGCAGAUAGUGAGGGAUAAAUAUAGAUCAAACUAGAAGUGUACAGUAAAAAGAUGACAAGUUUGUUGUCUGCAGUAUUUUCCUAAAUGAUGAAAUUUUGUAUCUGUUAUUCCAAAUCUACUAACAUGUGAAUUGCUUUGUGUCUUAUUGCUCUUAUGACAUUCCAUUUUAAUCGAGUGUCUCGGGCUCUCUUGUUCGGGUAAAAGAACCUUUUAUUAGCCCUUUAUUAUUAUUUCUAACUCUU